ACGCAAUGGAAUAGAAUGGGGUUGAGGCUUGCGCUUGCAAUGGGUCGGAUGGGAUGGGAUGGAUAGGACAGGAUGAAUAGGCUAGGCUAGGUUAGCAUAGGAUGGGUUGAAUGAAUUGGGAUGGGUGGGUGGGAUGGGCUUCGGGAUGGAAGUAGGGAAUCAGGCUCAGGCUCUCCCUCUCUCUCUCUCUCUGUCUCUGUCUCUCUGUCUGUCUCUCUGUCUCUCUAUAUCUCUAUAUCUCUCUAUAUCUCUAUAUCUCUCUAUAUCUCUAUAUCUCUCUCGCUCUCUCUCUCUCUCGCUCCCAUACCCUCUCACUCUCACACUCUCACACACACGCACUCAUAUACACAUACGCAGAAGGAAGGGUUUCUUUGCCGCUUUGAUGAAUGGCUGUAUGUGCAUAGUUGGGGAAUCGGAUCGGAUCGGCACGCAUGGAUUGGCUGGGUCUGGCUGGGUUUGGCGGGGUUUGGCUGGGUUGGGGUUAAGGUUGGAGUGAAGAACGGGAUGGCAUGGGUUUGCUGCUAUGUUAUGUACGUUUCUACGUUUCCACUGUUGACGGUGGGUGCGUGGGGUGGGUUUGGCUGGCUGGCUGGCUGGCUGGCUGGCUGGCUGGCUGUGUCUAUGUAAGUCUUUUGUCGGCUCAGCUGGGUAGAUGAGAGGAGUGCGCUGUUGACUGGAUGGAUGGAUUGGCAAGUCGUGUUAGCGUGUACAAUGUAUGUU